UUUCCAGCCCUUUUAUGUCACAAACAUCAACCACGAACAUAGCACACACCAGCCUUUUGAUUAGCCUCUUUCUAUUUGUCAAAAAUGGCAACAUCAGCAGUUUCUGCAACUUUUCUGCUUUUCGUCUUUGGUUUUUGCUUGCGAGGCGCCUUUGGUGAUUAUGGGGGAGGAUGGCAAGGUGGCCAUGCUACAUUCUAUGGGGGCGGUGAUGCAUCUGGCACAAUGGGAGGCGCUUGUGGAUAUGGUAACUUAUAUAGCCAAGGUUAUGGGACCAACACUGCAGCACUUAGCACUGCUUUGUUCAACAAUGGCCUCAGCUGUGGUUCUUGUUAUGAAAUGAGGUGUGACAGCGACCCCAAAUGGUGCCUGCCUGGAUCCAUUACCGUCACUGCAACCAACUUCUGCCCCCCUAACUUGGCCUUGUCCAAUGACAAUGGUGGCUGGUGCAAUCCUCCUCUACAGCACUUUGACUUGGCUGAGCCAGCCUUCUUGCAAAUUGCUCAGUACCGGGCUGGAAUCGUCCCCAUUUCAUUCAGAAGAGUCCCCUGUAUGAAGAAAGGAGGAAUCAGGUUUACAAUCAAUGGUCACUCUUACUUCAACUUGGUCCUCAUUACAAAUGUUGGUGGUGCUGGAGAUGUUCAUUCAGUAUCAAUCAAAGGUUCCAAAACAGGGUGGCAAUCAAUGUCGAGGAACUGGGGCCAAAACUGGCAGAGCAACUCUUACCUCAACGGUCAAAGUCUUUCAUUCCAAGUCACCACAAGCGAUGGAAGGACAGUGACCAGCUACAACGUGGCACCGGGAAAUUGGCAGUUUGGACAAACAUUUGAGGGCGGUCAGUUCUAGAGUUUCAGGACAGUAAAGGGUCUUUAAAUGGAAGCUUGUAUAUGUAAUAGCCAUUGUUUGAGAUAGGGGAAGGUAUAAGAAGGAGAGUUAGGGUAAAGGAGAGGCUCAGCCGGCCCCAUAUGGCUGUCAAUUGCUGAGGUGAUUUAUUGGCACCCGCUAGGCCUAUACAUAUAUCUUUACUUGAUUGAUGAUGAUCAAGGAUAUUUUCAUCUGUUUGGCUUUUGUCUAAUUCAUCAUAGCCAUGCCAUGAAACGAAUCAAAAUAUAUAUUUAAAAGAUUUCUUUACUUAA